UCUCGGCUCAGACGCUGUUUGAUGAGAUGGAGGAUGACGCGCGGGAGUGUAGGUGUGUCUUUGUGUGUCUGUGAUUGGUCGCCCUCUCCCUGUGGAGGCGGAGGGGUUGAUCCGCGGCUCCCAGGCUCAGAGCGCACAGAUCUGCGGCGGAGCGGAGACAGCAAACGUCGUUCACUCUUCUUCUGAGAACCAUGCAGCCGUGAGCGGAGCCGGGGGGCUCGGUUCAUUCACUGGGACAGCACACGCGACUGUUGAGGACCCGCGUUUACCCAGAGUGCUUUGGGGAGGACCCGGCUCUGAGGACAACAUGCCACAGACUCCUCCCUUUGUGGGGCAGCUCAACUCUGCUGAUUACAACAAGAACCUGUUCCAGACCAGCGAGGAGGGCCUAUGUUACCAUGACAACAACCUGAUGUCAGGGUCCCUGGAGGCCCUCAUACAUCACCUGGUUCCAACGUUGGACCACUAUCCUGAUAGGACGUUCAUCUUCACCUUCCUGCUGAGUUCCCGUCUCUUCAUUGAUCCACAUGAGCUCAUGUCCAAAGUGUGUCAUCUUUGUAUGGAGCAGCAGCGACUCAGUGAUCCUCAAGCUGACAAGCUGAGACUCAGAAAAAUAACUCCCAAGAUCCUUCAGCUGCUGACAGAAUGGACAGAAACCUUUCCAUAUGACUUUCGAGAUGAGAGGAUGAUGCGAAGCCUGAAGCAGCUGCUCCACCGGCUCGCCAGCGGCGAAGAGACGUUCAGGAAAGCAGUGAGCCAGAUGAGCCAGGGUCUGAUCCGGAGACUGACGCAGCUCAGCCAAUAUGAGGAGACGCUGGUGAAGAUCAAUGCCACGGCGGCCGAGCGCCUCACGGCUCUGAAGGCCAAACCUCAGGCGCCAUUACAGAGAGACACGCUGUCCAUCUGCAGUGACCCCUUCACCGUCGCCCAGCAGCUCACUCACAUAGAGCUGGAGAGACUGAGUUACAUUGGACCUGCAGAGCUGGUCCAAGCCUUCGUUCAGAAGGACCCUCUGGACAAUGAUGAGAGCUGCUUCAGCGAUCGUAAGAAGGCCUCAAACCUGGGAGCAUACGUGGACUGGUUCAACAGACUCAGCUACCUGGUGGCAACAGAGAUCUGCGUGCCAGCGAAAAAGAAGCAGCGAGCUCGAGUCAUGGAGUUCUUCAUUGAUGUGGCGCGUGAAUGCUUCAACAUUGGCAACUUCAACUCCCUCAUGGCCAUAAUAUCUGGAAUGAACAUGAGUCCGGUGUCUCGACUCAAAAAGACCUGGAGCAAAAUCAAAACAGCCAAGUUUGACAUCUUAGAGCACCAGAUGGAUCCUUCAAGCAAUUUCUACAACUACAGGACGGCUCUGAGAGGAGCCAUGCAGCGCUCACGGACAGCCCACAGCAGCAGAGAGAAGAUCGUCAUCCCGUUCUUCAGCCUCUUCAUCAAAGACAUCUUCUUCUUCAAUGAGGGGUGUGCCAGCAGGCUGCCCAACGGCUCCAUCAACUUUGAGAAGUUCUGGGAGCUCGCCAAGCAGGUGAGCCAGUUCAUGUCCUGGAAGCAGGUGGAGUGUCCAUUUGAGAAAGAUCGCAGGAUCCUGCAGCACCUGCUGACGGCUCCAGUGUUCUCAGAGGACGCGCUGUAUCUGGCCUCGUACGAGAGCGAAGGGCCGGAAAACCACAUGGAGAAGGACAGAUGGAAGUCUCUGAGGUCCACUCUGCUGAGCAGAGUCUGAAGCUGAGAGAAGACCACCACGAUGUCUGCUCCGUGUCGGACCACGAAUCUCCACGUCAGAAGGGAAACGACAGUCUUCCCUGGCAGUGGAGGACAUUUCCCUCCCCAGCUGGAGAUUUCUACAGAGCUAUUCUUUUCCUGAGCCUUGCAUCUUGGUGCUGCACGCUCAGGACUAACUUUUUCAUCUUUGUAUGACUAUAGACGUCAAAAUGAAAAGCAGGUCUCUUUUUGCAGGCCUUCUGCUUGAAAAGUUGUUCCUCUGACAGGUCGACACGAGUUUUUUACUGUUUUUUUACAGUUUUUCUGCUAAACUACGUUAGCUGCUGGUUAGCUAACAGUAUUUUUUUCAAACUUCAGCAUGAAGCUCCUUUUUCUUCUGGUUCAUUCUGAGAACCUGUCUGCAUCCAAAUGUCAGUAUGUCAGUGUGCAUUCCUGAAAGUACUACGGUGAAGCGGCAGACUGACAGAGAGCUUCUGGGGAGAGUGUGUGUUGGUGUGUGUUGGUGUGUGUUGGUGUGUGUUUGUGUGUGUUUGUGCAUCACAUUCUCAUUCCGAAGUCAUCACAUAUUGACGUUUGGUUGAGGACCCCUCUGCGUCACUUUUUGACGUUUUGGCCUUCCUCAACUCGUCAUUUUGUGACCUGCUGGCUGUUUGUAAAAUCAAAGGUCUGCAAUCCGUGUGACACAGUACUGGAUCCAGUAUCAGACACAGUACCAGACACAGUACUGGAUGCUGUACCAGAUGUAGUACCAGACACAGUACCAGAUGUAGUAGUGGACGCUGUACCAGACACAGUACCAGAUGCUGUACCAUUUGUAGCACUGGAUGCAGUACCGGACGCUGUAUCAAAUGUAGUACUUGACGCAUUACCAGACGCUCUACCAGAUGUAGUACCGGAUGUGGGCUGGUCCUCAGGACGCAGCCAGUACUGGUACGCUAAUCCAGUACCCUAACCCGGCAUCGGACGCAAUACUGGACGUGGCACCAGAUGCGGUCCUGGACCCAGCCCAGUACCAGAUGUGGUACCAGACGCAAACGGUACCGGUACUGGUUACGGUACUGGUACUGGUUAGGGUACCGGUGUGCUCCGCGUCCCGGUACUGGACUGGUUUUGGUUUUUGGCCUGAGGUUGGUACCUGUGAUUUAAGGGCAACAGCAGCAUGUCAAAAAAACAACAAGCUAGGAACACUAAAAGCCUCCGUUUUUGACGUGGAGGAGUCCUCAACCAAACAUCGGUUGGAAGUGUUUAUGUGUUUAUGCCUGGUGUUUGCCUCUCCAGGUGCUAGGGCCUUCCCUUCUUUUCCUCUCCUUUUCCUGUCAUAUGAGAAGCGCUGCACUGUCCCCUGGUGGUGUCUGUGAGGAAGCUCAUGUGUUUUUUGUUUAAACAUAGUGAAUAUUUUAGUUAAACUCCUAAACGGUGAAACAUUCUGUCUAUGUUUUGAACACUGUUUUAUUUAUAAAAAUGUUUAUUUCUAAUAUUUUGUGUUGUUUAACUUCUUGAGGUGCACCAUGUGAUCUCACAUCUUUGUUUUUCUUAGACGUUUGUGUGACCCUCAAUUAUCGAGGGACUAGCUCAGAUUGUGAAGUUAAGCAUUUUGACUGAUGUCUGCUUUGCCUUGAUUUAAACACCCCCACACGCACACACACAAUGGUGUUAACUGUGUUGUAUUGUCAUUAUCCUGUUUCUAUGCAUUUCCUUCCAGUGUUUCUCAAGAUGAAUAAACCGUUUCUGAAUAA